AUGGCCAAAGAAUUCAAAGUCCCGCCGGUGGUAUUUCCUUCCGGCGGAAACCCUGGUGGGCCCGGAGCCCAACAACGCCGACCAACGGCGCCGUUUCAGCCUCCGAGGUCCUCAAACCCUAGCAUUCCCUUCAUGUCAUUUGACGUUGGCGCUGCAACUACAACUACGUCGUUUCCAAUCCCCCAGUACGGCAACAACUCAAUCGGUGGCGGCAUCAGCACCGGUUUCGAGGACGAACCUCCUCUUCUUGAAGAACUGGGCAUAAACACAAAGCAAAUUUGGAACAAAACGAUGUCGAUUUUGAACCCGUUCAGGAUUAAGCACGAUUUACACGAGGAUGCGGACUUAUCAGGCCCGUUUUUGUUCCUAAUGGCGUUUGGGUUGUUCCAAUUACUCGCCGGAAAGCUCCAUUUCGGUAUAAUAUUGGGUUGGGUCACGGUGGCUUCUCUGUUUCUGUACGUGGUGUUCAACAUGUUGGCGGGUCGAAAUGGGAAUUUGGAUUUGUACCGAUGCUUGAGCUUGAUCGGUUACUGUAUGUUGCCACUGGUGAUUUUGUCGGCCGUUUCGCUGUUCGUGCCUCAGGGUGGGCUGGUGAUUAUGGUCAUGGCUGGGCUUUUUGUGAUUUGGUCCACCAGGGUUUGUACCAGGCUGUUGGUUGAGCUUGCUUCUUGUGGGGAUGAGCACCGCGGGAUGCUUAAGAAAAUCAUAUUGGUCCUUUUAAUCCCGUUUCUAGCAUGGGCAUAUCAAGCUACCCAAUCCCCACCUCCCAGGAUAUGUGGCUCCCCAACCGGUCCACCCAUCACAGCACCACGAAUAAAGCUUAGGGAUGGACGACAUUUGGCCUAUACGGAGCAUGGUAUCCCCAAAGAAAUGGCCAAAUACAAGAUCAUCGUUGUUCAUGGCUUUGCCAGUAGCAGACAUGACUUAGCAAUUAUAACAUCGGGGAUAACUGAAGAACUAGGGGCAUACUUGGUGUCUUUUGAUAGACCAGGUUAUGGAGAAAGCGACCCAGAUCCAAAACGAAACUUAAAAAGUACAGCUCUGGAUAUAGAAGAGCUUGCUGAUCAGUUAGAACUCAAAUCCAAAUUUUAUGUGAUUGGAUUGUCCAUGGGAGGACAGCUGGUUUGGGGAUGCCUUGAGUACAUCCCUCACAGGCUGGCAGGAGCAACAUUAAUUUCUCCAGUUAUCAACUACUGGUGGCCUGGGUUUCCUGCAAAUUUAUCUGCAGAAGCAUACAAUCAGCAAUUUACACAAGACCCUUGGGCUUUACGCGUUGCUCAGUAUACCCCUUGGCUUACCUACUGGUGGAACACUCAAAAAUGGUUUCCUACCUUGAGCUUGAUUACUCAAAAGGUCAAGUAUUCUGGCCAAGAUUUGGAACUUAUGCCCAAGCUUAAGGGGAGACAACAUGAUGGGGCAUACGUGAUACAAGAAGGAGAAUUUGAUCUUAAGAAUCCUUGGGUGGAUGUUGAAGGCUUUGUCCAUUUGUGGCAUGGGGAUGAAGAUGGCAUUGUGUCUGUUACGCUGCAGCGCUACAUUGCUAAAAAGCUUCCAUGGGUAUACUACCAUGAAUUACCAGGUGCCGGACAUCUGUUUCCAGUUGCUGAUGGUGUGAGCGAGGCUAUCUUAAAGGCACUUCUGUUUGCGAAGAAGCAGCCGGUAGCAUGGAUACCUGGUUGA